GACCGCGAAUCGUUAGUGCAUUAUAUCGAAUGGGAAACGUCAGACCUAUGAUAUAAUAAAUUAAAUACGAUCAUAAUAUUUCGCAUUGAGCACCUUCACGUAUGUAAAAUAGCAGUUAGUGUUACUAUGACGUCAAAAUUUAGAUUUUUACUGUUUUUGUUAGGACUAUCUGUAAUAGUGCAGUGUCAUGAAGUGCCAGAAGCCAAAUUGGAAGCUGUUUAUCCUAAAGGAUUACGAGUUUCCGUUCCAGAUGAUGGAUACACCCUAUUCGCCUUCCACGGCAAACUGAACGAGGAAAUGGAGGGCCUGGAAGCGGGCCAGUGGUCGCGCGAUAUCACCAAGCCCAAAAACGGACGCUGGUUCUUCAGAGACCGAGACGCGCAUUUGGUUAUUGGCGAUAAAAUUUAUUUCUGGACUUAUGUUCUGAAAGAUGGCCUUGGAUAUCGGCAGGAUAAUGGGGAAUGGACUGUUACAGGAUACGUUGAUGAAGAAGGCAAUCCAGUUGGGCCUGAUGGUAGUGCCAUAGAAUCAUCAUCACCUCUCCCAACGCCUGAAACAUCAUCACCCGGGAAUACUCCAAUUUGUACACUCCCAGGGAUCACCCCAAACCCUCCAGCACUAAGCCCUGAAGCUGCAAAACCAGUAACUCCAAUCCAAGAAAGCAACAUCUAUCCAUGUCAAAUAUCAGCGUCUAAAACGUCAGUACCUGGAUUUGUCUGCAGUGGCCAACUUUUGUUUGAAGACAAUUUCAAUGCAGGCGUCAAAAAGGGGAAUGUAUGGACGCCUGAAACCAAGUUUCCUGGUCCUCCAGAAUACCCAUUCAACGUUUACUUGUUUGGAAAAAAUGUUCGAGUGAACGAUGGAAAACUGGUCAUCAAACCUAUUACCCUGGAGUCGAAAUUUGGAGAUGAAUUUGUGUAUGAGUCUUUAGAUCUAACUCAAAGUUGUACAGGAGUGAUUGGGACCAGAGAAUGUCAUAGAGAAGCUUUUCAGGAUGACAUCUUACCGCCAAUCAUUACCGCCAAGUUGACUACAAAGAAGAGUUUCAGUUUCAAGUAUGGCAGGAUCGAAAUCGGUGCUCGGAUGCCUUUAGGGAACUGGCUUCUACCAGAACUACAAUUGGAACCCCGAGACAAUCUCUACGGAGAUCAAAACUACGCCUCCGGACUUCUACGAGUCGCUUUGGUCAAGGGAAACGUGGAAGAUUCCAAACACUUGUACGGUGGACCUAUCUUAAAUGACGCACCACCUUUUAGGACGCAGUAUAUAAAAGAGAAGAUUGGUUUCGACCACUGGAGCAAAGUUUUUCAUAACUACACUUUAGUAUGGAAACCAGAUGGCAUAUCUCUUUACGUCGAUGGAGAAAACUAUGGAGAAGUAAGCCCUGGAGGUUUUGCUGAGGACGGCAAGAAGAAUGACGUGCAAGCCGCUACAAGGUGGCUUCAAGGCACUCCCAUGGCGCCUUUUGACCAAAUGUUCUACAUUUCCCUGGGCCUCUCAGUGGGUGGUGCCCACGAGUUCCCGGAUAACCCCAACAAACCCUGGACCAACAAUGCCACGGACGCGAUGCUCAAAUUCUGGGAGGCGAAGGACCAGUGGAUGCCUACUUGGUACGAGGACAUGAGCGCUUUGCUUGUCGACUAUGUGAGAGUCUAUGCACUUUGAAAGAUCAUGGACCGGCUUAAUAUCUAGCAAUAAUUUCUAGAUAAGUGUAAAAAAAAUACAAAUUACUCAAUGUUUU